AUGCUGUUUCAUCUAUACAGGGUUCAACUUAAAAUUUUCCAACAAUUCUUUCUCUGCAAAGCAAAAACAUAUGAAUCUGGAGUAGCUAAUAAUUUUAACUUUAAUGUAAUUCCUUUGAGAUUGUUGGCUGCAGAAAGAGAGGAAGCAAAAGCUGUAUUAUCAUUAUUUUUGAGAAAACAGGGUUUGAGCAAUGCAAUGGCAGCAAGGACUACUAAGAAAUCGGAUUGUUUUAUUGACCACCUCAUAUCAAAACUCUAUACAAUACAUAAAUCUCGAUAUCUAGUAGGAAGAGAGCUUACCACACUUGAAAUCAUAAAUGCACUUGUUCCAUACCUAAAAUAAUUUCUUGAAGAACAUGGAGAUGUUUUGGUGGAUGUGGUGGAGAGCUUUCCAAACCCUCCAGGUAUCAAAAGAUCUGUUCUGGCUUCUCCUAUAACAGUCGUCGGCCCUAGCUCCAAGAAAGAAAGAGCCAUUGCUCGAGUGAGUCAACGGAGUCCUGAAGGCCUACUACCAAAACAUGUUCUAUACCUCAUGGACCUCGGUAUGGACCUUGACCAGAUCAAGGACAUUACCCGUAGGUUCCCAACCUUUGAUUACUAUAAUUUAGACUGCAAAAUUAAACCUGUGGUGGAGCUAUUCCUAGAGCUCGACGUGCCCCAGUCAGACAUUCCUACCAUUCUUUAUAAAAGACCUCAGCUAUGUGGCAUUAGCUUCUCACAGAAUCUGAAACCCAUGAUGAGUUAUUUUGAGAGUUUGGGUGUGGAUAACAGCCAGUGGGCUAAGGUGAUAUACCGGUUCCCUGCAUUGCUCACUUACAGCAGACAGAAGGUGAAGGCAUCCGUGGAUUACUUUUUUGAACUGGAUGUUUCAGAAAAGAAAAUCGAAAAAAUUUUGACAUGCUGUCCUCAUAUCAUAAGCUAUAGUCUGGAAGAUAAUCUUAAACCCACCAUUGAAUACUUCCAUUCAAUGGGUGUUGAUAUUGCCUCUCUUAUUUACAAAUGCCCACAAACUUUUGGUCUAAGCAUAGAGGCAAAUCUCAAGCCAGUUAUAAAGUUUUUUCUGGAGAGAGGUUACAGCAUUGAAGAAGUUGGUACCAUGGUUCACAGAUACGGAGCUCUAUAUACUUUCAGUUUGAGUGACAAUUUGAUGCCAAAAUGGAACUUCUUCUUGACAAUGGAGUACCCAAGAUCAGAGCUUAUCAAAUUUCCUCAUUACUUUGGCUACAGCUUGGAGGGUAGAAUAAAGCCUAGAUACAGACGAGUGAAGGAAUGUGGGGUGAGGCUUGUGCUGAACCAGGUGUUGUCUAUUUCAAAUAGUCAGUUUAAGAAGAUACUUGAGAAAAAGAUGGGUAAUCUAUGAGUUGCUCACUUUUCAAAAGAAACAAAUACUGAUAAUUUACAAGC